GCACACCAUAUCAAAGACUUCACUUGCUAUAAAGUAUCAAAGUUACAGACUAAUUUGGUCAGGAAAGAUCAUUUAACAGAUCCCUUUGUGCGAUGUAUUUUUCCCUUCGAAGGCCUGAAGUCCAAGUCUAGAAGUUUGUGUAUAACUGCUUGGGCAACAAACAACAAAAUGUUGAGUGGUAACCGCGCUUUGACUUUCAUGUCCACUAGAAGCCUUUGCAUAGCUGUAUUUGGCAUUGUGCUUUUUAUAGGUUCUUGUGAGAGUAUGAAAAAAGGACCCCCUAAGGGAUGUAAUUUCAACGGUCUUCUUUACAACUUUGGAGACACCUGGAACCCUUUCUUGUUGCAAAACGGUUAUUUUCGAUGCAUAAAAUGUGCCUGCAAAUUGUCAGACGAUGGGAUGUUUGAAUUAAUAGACUGUUCGACAUGUAGGACGCAAUCAAAUCCAGCUCUUCCUUCGGCAAAGGAGCAACAAAGGAGUUGUACCCAUAAAAACAUUUCAAGGAAUCACGGCGAAGUGUGGAAAGACGUGUCCACGAUUCUACUGAAUGACAAACAGUGUAAAGAGUGUAGCUGUACGGACGGAUUUGUCACCUGUGCCAUUAGAACUUGUCCAGUCCUAACCUGUCAGAAUCAAACAGUUGCACAAGGAUCUUGUUGUCCUGUUUGUGCAGGUCACUUGCAGACUCUUCGGUCUCCAAUGGGGUGCGAUAUGAUGUUUAGAUAUUACAAUCAUAAGGAGACCUGGCACCCAGAAUGGCCUCAGGCGAACGACCUCUGCAUCACAUGCAAUUGUCAGAACUCUUCAGUACACUGCAAUAAGACCUACUGUCCUGCGUCAACCUGUGCAAACCCUCAGCCGAAACCAGGGGAGUGUUGCCCUUCCUGUCGAGCUAACUCUGUUGAAGUGAAAAGGAAAAUGUCUCCCAAACCCUCCGAGAAUAUUUUUAGAAGUCUGCUCAGACAGAGAGUGCGCAAGCGCAAUUGGAUUAUCGCCGACUUCGAAAAAUGGUCCCGAAGAAGGAAAGGCAAAAAAGACUCAAAACCAAAGCCCCCUAGUGACUGCAAAUGGGGAGGAUUAACGAUUGCUCACAAUACGUCUUUUUCUCCACCAAUUUUCGUUGGGCUUCCGAGUUGCAUGUCCUGCUUCUGCAAUAACUCUAAAAUUGGGGAUUGCAAGCAGGUGAAGUGUCCCACAACUCUCCCUUGCAACAUCAGCGACACUUUUAAACCUCCUGGGAAGUGCUGCCGGGUUUGUAAAGGUGAUACAAAAAAGAACGACAGCGUACAUUCCUAUGGAAAUGGAAUUUGCAAUGUGGGUUCAUCCAGGCGCCUCUAUGAAUAUCAAUUCUCGACGCACGGAGGCCUUUACUACCAUCUACAGGUUGCUUUGGUGGAUAAAGCCAAUGAUUUUGCACAGAUUUUCGACACUCGUGCUAACAAGACAUGGAAAAAACCGCCAACUGUCCUAAAUACAACCAAGAGCAACUUUGAUUCAAUCAAAGGACAGAACAAAGGGUAUAAAUACAUUGGAAAGAUAAAGGAUGGAAAGAAUAUCAAGAUCAUGACUCGGCUGCAGCGUCAAUGUGGUAGCCAAGGCUGCAUCCAUACGCUGCAAAGAAUAAUGGAACGAAUCCGUGGAAGUACUAAGUGCUCCCCGAUGGUCACGGCUACACCACCUCAAACAAAACAAACCAGCAUAGCUCCACCACCUCACAAAAUUCUCAAGCCGGAGACAUACCCCUAAAAACUUUCUGAGUUUUACCUCGUGACGAAAACACAUAUAAUGUUUUGAAAGAAUGGCAGGACUUCUUCCGGUCCCAAUGGUUCUCGACCCUUUAGUUACACAUCAGUAGAAUUAUUUGAUGUAGAUGUUACGAACUUCGUCGGUGAGGUCGAGUGCAUAGAGGAGAACAGUUCAUAGUCAUUGUAAGGGCAUUUAUAGUUCGGAGACACUACUUUAGACUAGAAUAGAAAGUAGUGAAUAAAAUUUUGAAUUGGGCUUA